AUGUCUGCACGAGGCAUACUGGUCUUUCUACUGUCAUCGCUGGUGUCGCUACUCGGACCUGGGGUCGCGAGCCAGCUACCGCUGCCUCCGGGACCCUGGGGAUUGCCCCUGGUGGGCUUUCUCCCGUUCCUCGGCAAGGAGUUCCACCGUACCUUGCAGUCAUUGGCGGUCACCUACGGCCCCAUAUACCAGAUAUUCCUGGGCUCCAAGCGGGUCGUGGUCAUCAGCGACCCCAAGCUGGUGCGUCAAGCCUUCAGCAAGGCCGCCUUCUCCGGACGGCCCGACACGGAACUCACCAAGCUCCUUCAGGGAUACGGGAUCAUCAACUCUGCAGGCGCCCUAUGGCGUGAACAGCGUGCGUUCCUGCAUCGCGUGUUCAGGGACUUCGUGCCUCGACACGGAAGGCCCGGCAGCGUGGCACUCGAGCAGAAGAUGCAGGUGCGUUGCACAGCCGCUAUUUACGCGCUCGUCAAAUCCCACGCUCCUCGAAAAAGCCCUGUCGGCUGCAACAAGUGUCUAAGCGUCAGCAUGAGGCGUGCCUUUGCCACAGUGAGUGACCCGGUGCAAACCAAUUGCGCGCAGGUGCACAUCGGCGAGUUCCUGUCGUCGCUGGGUCCGUUCGAAGGCAACUCGCUGCACGUGCGGCGGUCGCUCGCGCGCGCCGUCAGCAACAUCCUCGGCUCGUUCCUCAUGAGCGUCACGUACUCGUCGCGCGACUCCAAGUUCGAUCAGCUGCUCGCGCUCUUCGAGGAAGGAUUCCGGCUGCUCACGCUCGCCGUGCCCGUGAACUUCAUACCAGCGCUGCGCUACGUGCCGGGCUCCAACUGGGCCUACCGGCGCAUUAAGCGCAACCGGCACCAGACGGCCGACUACUUCCGGCGCAUCGCCGACGCGCACCGGUCGUCGUACGUCGAGGGCACCGUUCGCGACAUCGUCGACGCGUACCUGGUCCAGCUGCGGAGGGACAAGGCCAGAGGCAUCCAGCGGGAGGACACGUACUUCUCCGAGGAGCAGUUGGUGCAAGUGCUGAUGGACAUCUUCAGCGCCGGCCUGGAGACCGUCACCUCGACCCUAGAGUGGGCCAUCCUUUUGCUGGUGCGUCACCCGCACGUCCAGCGACGCCUCCAAGAGGAGCUGGACGCCCACCUGGCGUCUGAAGGCGAAAGGCCCGCCAGCAUGGCCGACCUACCCGCCCUCCCUUACGCACAAGCCACCAUCCUCGAGGUGCUGCGACGGGCCAACGUCAUAGCGCUCGGAAACGCCCACGCCACAACCUGCGACGUUGAGCUGGCGGGCUACCGUAUACCAGCGGACACUCACGUCGUCUCCAACCUGUGGGCCAUCCACAUGGACCCUGACCUGUGGGAGGACCCGGAAGAAUUCCGGCCAGAGCGCUUCUUGGUGAACGGACAAGUCCAAAAGCCGGAUUACUUCAUGCCCUUCUCCGUCGGUCGACGCAUGUGCCUGGGCAACCACCUGACGCAGUCCGAGGUGUUCCUCUUCCUCAGCAACCUGCUGCUGCGCUACACGCUCGAGCUGCCCGAAGGGGAGCAGCCGCCUUCCAUGGACGGCCACGUCGCGGUGUCGCACACGCCCCGACCUUUCCGGGUCAAGAUCACGCCCAGGAACAACGCUGCCCAGACCGCAACCGCCUUUGCCAACGUCGAACAACUAUGCAGCGACCUUGGUUGAGUGGAGCAUCUCGCAAUCUCACCAUUGCCCACCUAUUACGUUCCUCCCCACCCGUUCCUGGCCGCUCCUAUUCCUAUAGGGCGCACUGAACAUAACCCCGGUGAAAAAACGAAGACGGCGUGCCCGGCGGCCCUCGACCACGCAAGAAUCCGUGAGCUGCAGCAUCAUCCGUGCUUCUCUUGAACAGUAUGUCGCUGCCUACACCGGCACGUCACCGAGAGCAGCUAACUCCCAGCUGUAAAUGUCGCCUUGUAGGCGCGACCGCCGUCCCAUUUAUUGCCUAGGUACAAUCGGUGACGAAGAAAGAGCUGCGGGGACUGAAGCCAGCCAGAACGAUAACUAGGCCUCAACUACAAUAGUCUGCACUGAAGAGCUACCUCGUAUUCAUCAAAGCGUAGCCUGUCAGCCACGCGGGUGGCUGCGCAUUCAUCGGAGUACUAUGUGUACAGUCCCGCAGACUGGGUGGCACGAGACACCGUAAUUUCAGUACUCUACACGCCGAUCAAGCUUACGCGGGUUAUGCCGCACGGCGAUAUUAUCUCAGGAUGGAGACACGACGUAAUCCUUGUUCGUAAAAGCAGCAGUUUCCGAGUAACAUGGAGUGUAGCAGCUGCCGUCCACACGGUGUCAGGCUUGAGAAUGCAGAGGGCGUACCAAGCAGACCGUGCAAGUCAGGUCAUGACCAUUGAUUGCGCCGCAGAAAGUCAUAACUCCGCCACUAAGAAAAGCAAAGGAACAGAAGCUGCUUCUAGUCUUCUGACACAGGUGUCUGAUAUGUAACAAAAGGCAUGAUCUACAGUGAAAAAAACAAAAAAACAUUCUCACUCGGAGAUACAAGCAGUGAAAAAGACCUAUAUAUGGUGUGCAUGCUGCUUUCAGUGAAGAUAGCGAGACACCUAAAGGUUCUUUAAACGCACUGUAAACGUCCUGGGAGAACAGCCUAAGUUCAUGUCAAUCGCUAUGUCAAGUGCACGUAACUAGAGAAGCAAGAAGGUCAUGCAAAACUGGCACAUUCAAGCGAUACAUUCAUGUCUACUGGAAAAUUACAAGUGCUACGACAUAUAGUACACCAGAAUCCAUUUUUUUUUACAUUCCGGGUACUUUGUACAUAAAAAAGCAGGGUAUUCAGUUGCAUAGAUUAAUCUCUUACUCAUGAAGAUAGGAGUCUGCAAGCUUAGUGUACGAUAAAGUCAGAAAUGAACCACCUCAAGCAUGAAGUCCAUUUACCACCAGUCACAUCUACUCACGUUCAUUCACCUGUUGUAUUUCACAAGCAAGCCAUCUCCACCCACUUGAGAGCUUUGUGUUUUAGCCAUAGACACACUACCGUGAGCUAGUCAGUUGCAAGCAAUAGCAUUCUGCCACCAGAAUACCUCAGAGUGAUUUAGCAUAGUGCAGACAUAUAGUACCACAAUACUGGGGUGCACAGGCACAAACAGCAAAAAAUAUUUCUGGCUAGCUACAAUUCAUCACGACAUCUCAAGAUGUUGCUGCCUGCACCGAGUGUUCUCAGAUGCACCUCCAAGUAUUCCAGUACAUGUCUGCACUACGCUAUAUCCGUUAGUAAAAACUAUUAUCUUGCAAGCAGUCUCAGUGGUUGUUGAACAGUGUAGCCUUUUUAUUGGUCACUAAAAGCUGCAGCUGCUCAACUUACAGCUUAUUCCAAUUUACUAAACAUUGCACAUGUUGCAUGGUGUUAAGACCGAUCUCACCAUGUUCAGAGUGCAUGUGCACCUGCCCUGCCAACACCAUGAUGUCUGUAGUCCUUCACGCUUAUCCACUGUACAUUAGUUCAACACUAUCUUGAGCAGAAACCCAAUGCAAGCUCUACUGUGUAUUCUGCCAGCAAAUGUUUUCCAGUUGUACCACUCGCAGAAGCAGAGGGCAAACCUGUUCAUAUCAAGGUCAACAUUAAGACAAGAAAUAUGUAAUAACUCUUAAAAAAUUUAGGGGCUUCGAAUUCCAGUUGCCGCUCAUUCCACUAAGGAAUACUACCACUGGCAUCAUUUGUGCAGCACUGGUGUAGCAAAACUAGUCACGAAAUUGGCCUAUUGUAGUUUGAGUAGCUCAGAUUAGAGCACUGCACGGGCCGAUUUUUGCGGCCCGGGCCCGUUUUUACAUUGGGUGGCCCGCCCGAGCCCGAUCAAAACUUUUAUGGCGA